AUGAUUUCCUGCAAACGCAAACGUAGCACUAUAGAUGAUUCCCAGGAAUCCGAUCCCAAACGGUCGAGGAUCUCUUCAGGUACUGUUUACGACAUUAAAGCAAUUGUUGAUGAGACGAAAUACCAUUAUCUCAUUGAUUGGGCCGACGACUCCGUGACUGGACGUACCUUCACGCCAGACUGGCAACCUAAAGCGAAUGUGAGUACUACCGCCGUUGAAGUCUGGAAAUCCAAACAAGCGCCACGCAAUAGAUCAGCAAGCAGUGGCCGCCAGACAUUCGCCACAGACAAUUCUUCUACAGCAGCUUCAUACUCAGCACCCAGGACUCGAAUUACCAGACAACACCGGCCACCCACCAGCAAUCGGACUGAAUCCAGCGAGAAGCCCUCAAAAAUAUCUUCAGACUCCCGACAACAUCGAUCUUCCUCUGGAGCGCUUGAGGCAUUAAGCCUUUCCGAUCUGAUAGUUCGUGUUUCGCAGCAUAGCAGUCUCGACAGGGAUCUCUACACUGCCUACGAGUCUUCUCUGUCGACGCAGGCUAGUGCUACAGCUAGUAAUCAGCUCCUUCCAACACAGUCGCAACUUCCGUCAUCUAACGUAGCUUCUCAAGUACCCGCAACGAACAGAGGCAUUGUGCCGGAUUCACAGGCUUUACCACAGUCAUCCAAUCGCGAAGUUCCAGCAAGUACUCCAGCUCAGUUCUCUGCUGGUCGCGCCACCAGGUAUAAAUCUCGAAGAUCAAUUUCUGCACCUCCAUCAACUAUCCCUGACAGUGCACAAACUCUAUCUUUGUCCCGUACUCCGCCAUCGUUACCAAGGACCUUCUCGGAUACAGGCCGAGUGAAUCGUGUACUGUCGAACAGCCAGGAAAGUAUUCGUCUUGAGGUACCCGAUUCCACAGAGAGAAAGGCUUCUGCUUCAUCGACGAGUUUGGUCCAAAUUGUAAAGCAAGUGAGCUCGCCUUCCGCUACCCAAUAUAUCGCAGAGUCCCCUCUAGGUCUUCGUCAUUGCUCUGGGUUGAGGAAAGCGGCCGAGUGUCCCUCCCCACCAAAUCUGCAACAGACAAUUAAAUCGACUGAAGAAAAGAUCUCUCAAGCUACCACCACCGACGAUAGCAGUGGGCUUUUGUCCUGUUGUGAUAUACGCCCACUGUCGGAAGUUCUACAGAGUGCAAUUCAACGACUUGCCAACAAGUCGAGUUUAGAGUCACAAAAAAGCCCUCCGCCUCCGAAGCCUCAAGAUUUUUCAAGUCUAGACGAUACCACUUCACUCUACUCUCCUCCUCUAGUGAUGGAGAGUCCCAUCCUAGAUGAUAACAAUGGACAACAAAAUUCCUCAAAUAGGUCCGCUUGGGAAGCUACGAGACGUAAUAGCGAGAUAAUGGAAAACCGACUUGCCCAACUUCGAGCCGAACAUUCUCGGGCUUCCACUGGAUCACAAAAUUCCAAUUCGUCAUCAAGAUCACCAACGCAGCAUACAGCAGGCCUGCGAUCUCCACACCGUCUUGAUACUCCUUCGAACGCAAAUCGAGAUGCACAAAGGCGUCCGAGGCCUGCAAGUCUGCCUACUACCCCUCAGAUCCGUUCUCCUACUAAUUUAGCUUCUGCAAAACAAAUGGCACCGUCUCCAGGACCUUCAUCUCCACUAGCAAGACACCCUCCAGCUAUGUCAACAGUUUCAUCGGCCUUUAAUUCGUCAAGGGCUGUGAAAUCGCCCUCUAUCAUCCCCGACAGACUGCCGUAUCAGGCAACAGAGGAGCCGAGUAGACUGCUGGCAAAGCCAUUGGAACUUGACACAGCACCAGUGCCGCUCAAUCGUGCAAUACAAUCCCAAUCAGUCCCGCAUACGCCCAUAACUCCAAGCAAGCUUUCUUUACAUAAAGAAGUAUCCAUUUCGCCGGAAGAGAGCAUCCUCAGGCUCUGCAACAUUUCCGACAGAGAGCACGUCAUUCCCCUUCCAAUGCAAGCCCGGAUUCAGCAGCAGUAUUGUACUACAAUAAGGUAUUAUGCAAGAACAAUGAAAAAGUUUUUCGAAGAGAAGCCGUGUAAAAGAGAUACGGUAGAGUCGAUUAACCGCCUUCUUGAGGAGGUGAGCAAAGUAAGCACUCAUAUUGAUUUACAAGGGAGUGGACCGGCAAGUCAAGAGGAUCUAGAUCCUCAAGGUGAGGCUGAGUAUGCCGAAUCAUGCAGCGCGAAGUUUGCUUUCCUCGGCCAGCUGCUAAAAAGAACCGGAAACCUAACGCUUGAUCUAUAUAUUGUUGCCAAACCUGGGCCUUUGAUGAGCAUCAUCGAAAUCUUUCUUAACGCCAAACAAGUCAAGUGGUACAGAGUUGGAGAGGAUCUUAAAGCAAGAGCUCCUAACAUUGAGACUGGUCUGACGGUCUUUUUGGCACGGUCCGACGAAAACGCCAAAUGCGAUCCUUUGCGAUUGCCCGAACCCCAUCUUAUUGUUGGCUUUGACGAAACCUUCGAGAAAGAGGCUUUCGUAGCUACUCAUUGGAAUGCGUCUCGGAUCCCGGUCCUUCGUCCAUUGGUAUACGCAUCUUUAGAACACAUCGACCUUUGCGUUCCGAGGACGCUAAAUCCGAUUGAGCGAUUACAGAAGUUAGUAUACUUGUUGCUGCAAACACAGAAAAGAGUCGGCCUUGUCGUGCCACCAGAUCUGACUCCAAACGUCGCAGCUGAGCGGAUCGCGCCAUACGCCAGCGAAUUGAUCAGAGAUAGAUCGGCUGACACUUGGCCUCUCCCUCCGCUCCAGCCUAUUGAUGACAUUGCACAUAUGGAAUCGGACUCUAGCCUGUCAGAUGCUCGGUCAGACAUUUCUGAUGAAUACAAGCCAAAGCUGAGAUACUGGCCCAGCAAAGCCGCACCGAAGAUUAGAAGCGCUAAGAUGGGAAAACGCCCUUUUGAUCUUGAAUGGAGUGACUCGGUAGCAGUGCAAAGUAAGAAGCAGAAGAUUGGGCAACAAUAUGCAGCUAUCUCAGAUGAAUUUGACGUGAGUCUUGAUCGUUUCGUGCGGGGUCUCUGGCUGAUCAAGGCGCAGCCGAGUGAGCUAGUGAGGCAGGCAAAGGAACGUGAACCGUCAGAGGUAGAACGUGAUCUUGAAAAGAAAACUCAUAUGGUGAAAGACUUGCAAGAAUGGGCGGAAAUUCGUCAACACGAUUUCGAGAAGCUUCGUCGGAAGCACGGUGACCUUGAGAUAUCUCAUGAGGGAGACAGAAUCGCUUUGGAAAAAUUUGCACACAAAUUCGAAAAGCUUCAGACAGACUAUCGAACGCUAAUCGAGGACCGUAUUGCGCUUCGGAAAGAGAUAGCCGAUCAACAAGCCCAUCUGAACAAUCACUCGAAUUCAGAGAUCGCCGCUGCAGCGCGCAACGUAACACACCAACGUGAAAUCGAGGCCGAAGUUGCGAGAUUGAACAAACUUAUCACGAACCAUGAAUCCGAAGUUGGGUUUGUCCGUCAGCAAUACCAGGCAGCAUCUUCGGCCGCGGCAGAUCUCAGCAACGAGCUCGAGCCGUUGAAGACCGAAGUGGGGGAGCUACGCAAGAAGCAAGAAUCGAAUAUUGUGGAGAAUCGCAGAUUGCGUGAUGAGGACGUAACGAAGAGCCUCCGGAAGGAAGUGCAGCGGCUGAAACAAACGGUCAAGCAGCGAGACUCCUUCGUGGAAAAAUUAGAGCGGGAAAUGGUGGAAAUCAAGCGUGGACGGGCUGGUGUACAAACAAGAGGUAGCUCGGUGCAGCCCAAGAGCCCGCGAGGUCCUGGAAGUCGAGGAGUCAGCCCCGCUCCGGGUCUACUGGGGCAAGGCGGACAUGCGAUGGCUCGGGCGGGAAGUGGCCUUGGUGCACGGUUUCGCGACUGA